CACCUGCAAGCGGUGGCCCUUGACCUUUUCCCUUUCCGCCGCUCUUUUGCUCAGAGGUCUCUGCAGGGUAACCGGGGUCGGGCGGCUGAGCUCGGAAGGAGCGGCAUCAUGCUGGGCCUCAGCCUCCGGGAAGUUUCUGCUGCCCUGAAACAAGGUCACAUCAGUCCAAAGGAGCUUUGUCAAAAAUGUCUCUCUGUCAUCAGGGAAACCAAAUUUCUUAAUGCUUAUAUUACCGUAUCAGAAGAGAAAGCCUUAAAACAGGCUGAAGAAUCAGAAAAGAGGUAUGAGAAAGGUCAGGCCCUGGGAAUUUUAGAUGGAAUUCCUGUCUCUGUAAAAGACAACUUCAGCACUGCUGACAUUGAAACAACAUGUGCGUCCAAUAUGCUGAAAGGUUAUAUACCUCCUUAUAAUGCUACCGUGGUUCAGAAGUUAUUGGAUCAGGGGGCUGUUCUUCUAGGAAAAACAAAUUUAGAUGAGUUUGCUAUGGGAUCUGGAAGCACUGAUGGUGUAUUUGGGCCAGUUAGAAACCCCUGGAGUUAUUCAAAGCAAUACAGAGAAAGGAGAAAGCAGAACCACCACAGAGCUGAUGAAGAUUCAAAUUGGUUAAUAACCGGAGGCAGUUCUGGGGGCAGUGCCGCUGCUGUAUCUGCAUUCACAUGCUUUGCGGCUUUGGGAUCAGACACAGGAGGUUCAACAAGAAACCCAGCUGCUCUAUGUGGGCUGGUUGGUUUAAAGCCAACCUAUGGACUAGUUUCCCGUUAUGGCCUUAUUCCCUUGGUGAAUUCGAUGGAUGUUCCUGGGAUCUUAACCAGAUGUGUGGAUGAUGCAGCAAUUGUGUUGGGUGUACUGGCUGGGCAUGAUCCAAAAGAUUCUACUACAACACAAGACCCUGUUGGACCAUUUCUACUUCCCAUUUUGAGAGAUGUCAGCAAGUUAUGUAUAGGAAUACCAAAGGAAUAUAAUGCACCAGAUUGUCAAAGUGAAACACAAGCCCUUUGGUCUAAAGCUGCUGACCUUUUUGAAUCUAAGGGGGCCAAAGUAGUGGAAGUGUCCUACCCUACGCGUUACUCAAUUGUUUGUUAUCAUGUUUUAUGCACAGCAGAAGUGGCAUCAAACAUGGCAAGAUUUGAUGGGCUAGAAUAUGGCCAUCGGUGUAAUGUAAAUAUAUCUACUGAGGCCAUGUAUGCUGCAACAAGACGAGAGGGGUUCAAUGAUGUGGUGAGAGGAAGAAUUCUCUCAGGAAAUUUUUUCUUAUUAAAAGAGAACUAUGAUGAUUACUUUGUGAAGGCACAGAAAGUGAGACGACUCAUUGCUAAUGACUUUGCAAAGGUCUUUAAUUCUGGUGUGGAUGUCUUGCUUACUCCCACUACCCUUAGUGAUGCGGUGCCAUACUUGGAGUUUAUCAAGCCAGACAACAGAACCCGCAGUGCCCAGGGUGAUAUUUUUACACAGAGUGUAAACAUGGCAGGUUUGCCAGCUGUAAAUGUACCCAUGGCCCUCUCCAGUCAAGGUUUGCCAGUUGGGCUGCAACUGAUUGGUCGUGCAUUUAGUGACCAACAACUUCUUACUGUUGCCAAGUGGUUUGAGGAACAGGUGCAGUUUCCUGCCAUUCAGCUUCAAGAAUUAAUGGGUAAUUGUCAGACUUUCUCUCAAGAUGAAAAGUUGACUUCAGUUUCAUUAAAACGGUAAUGAGAAAGACUUUUGUACAAAUUCAAAAUGACUUUGAAGGUAUUUAUACUCAAAAUAAUUAAGAAUGAAGACUUUUAAGAAGUCACGUGGUCUUUUUAAGUGAUUGUGAUUCGACUUACAUGGGAUUCUGGGAUUGUAAAUAAAAACUUUUAAGCUAGUCAACAUUUAUUGAGUACACUCUGUAUUUUAAGCAUUCUGCAAUGAGGGGAGAUAGGGAGUGAAUGGAGGCAAUCAAUGGACAUUUGAGUAGGUUGCAACUCUAAUGUGAGACAGAGCAGAUCAGAAUUCAAGCACACAAAAAAUGAGACCCAUAUAGCAGGCACAGUUGUUGUCUAGGGCCCUUAGUCUUUCCUCUGCUUGUUGUUCCCCAUGAAUUUCCAAGACUUAUAGCACCCUUUACUACCAUGCUUGUCUAUAGUUGUUAGAGAAUGCACCUUGUUCGGGUGAAACAUGGUAACUAUAAAGCAUCACACUUAUUUUAUCUCUUAAGUUAUAUAAAGGCAUCUUGUCCA